CCGCACUCCAGGAAACCAAGCAGCCCAGUGCGCCAUUACAACAGCCACAGCUCAACACAUCACUUGCACCGGUCGAGUCCUUGAUCAUCACAGCAAUGGCCUUCACCGACAGCUGGACCCACGAGAUCGAAUCGCCGGUCGCCGCGUCGCGCCUCUUCCGUGCCGGCGUCAUGGACUGGCACACACUAGCCCCUAAGCUCGCACCGCACAUCGUCGCCAGCGCCCACCCCGUCGAGGGCGAAGGCGGCAUCGGCAGCGUCAGGCAGUUCAACUUCACCUCAGCCAUGCCCUUCAGCCUCAUGAAGGAGAGGCUCGAGUUCAUCGACGCCGACAAGUGGGAGUGCAAGUCCACCCUCAUCGAGGGCGGCGGCAUCGGCACCGCCAUCGAGACGGCCACCUCGCACAUCAAGGUGGAGGCGGCGGCCAACGGCGGGAGCGUCGUCAAGGUGGAGUCGACGUACAAGCUGCUGCCGGGCGUGGAGGUGAACGAUGAGAUCACCAAGGCUAAGGAGUCUGUCACGGCCAUCUUCAAGGCCGCCGAGGCAUACCUCGUCGCCAACCCGGACGCCUACAACUGAACCAGUUGAGAGGGAACACACAUGGUUAUGGUUAUGAUUAUGCUGUCCCUGGUUUGAUUUUUGUGUGCUUUUUUCCCGAUCUAAUAAAGCCGCUCCAAACUCAAGUAGUGACGCGGGAGCAUUGAGCAGAGUGUGGAGUUGACAAGUUAAAAAGGUCGUGUAUUCAGUAUUUGUAACUAUCAAAGGGUGCCAUGCUGUUGUUUGAUGAUGUUGUUGCUUGCUAUGUAUCUUCCUCAUGGUUUUGCCCGGAAAUAAAAGGAAAUAUUUGUUUGCUUUA